AAUACAGCCCAAUGUAAUCCCCCAAGCCCAUAAAAUAAUUCAUUGCGUUAAACCCUAGCAGAAGAGGACAUCUUGUGUUAUAUAUUUAUAUACACCACCAUUGUUGGCCGCCUCUUGCUCAGCCAACUCGCACUCCCUUUGCAUUCUUUUCAUUUCACAUCGGAGCGAAGAUGGUUGCCGGAAAGAAGACGAAGAAGACUCAUGAGAGCAUCAACAACAGGCUGGCUCUUGUGAUGAAGAGUGGUAAAUACACUCUCGGUUACAAGACUGUGCUCGAGUCUCUCAGAAGCUCCAAAGGGAAGUUGAUUAUAAUAUCGAACAAUUGCCCGCCUUUGAGGAAGUCAGAGAUCGAAUACUAUGCCAUGCUUGCAAAGGUCGGGGUGCACCAUUACAAUGGAAACAAUGUGGACUUGGGUACAGCAUGUGGAAAGUAUUUCCGAGUGUCAUGCCUUAGCAUUGUGGAUCCAGGUGAUUCUGAUAUCAUCAAGACAUUGCCUGGGGAUCACUGAGAGACCAUCGUUCAGCUAGUAAAAUGAUUUGUUUAUUUCAGUAGUAUUUCAAUUGGGGACUUUUCAGACAUCUAUCUUGUAUCCCAUACUAAUUUUGAGGCCCAGAGGUCACUAUGGAAUGUGUUCUUUGCUGUCAGAGACUUCUAGUGUCAUGAAUUUUGAGUAUUGAUGAUGUCUUAAAUGGAUUAUGUCUCUUAUGAAUUCAAUGAGUUUUUAUAUACGAAGGAGUGUUUUGUUAUUAUA